AAGCUACAAUCAAUUAAAAUGUUGAGAUUCGCGGUACUCCUCUCCGUUCUGGCCUGCGCCCUGGCCGGUACCAUUCCCGACGGCCUUCUGCCCCAGUUGGAUGGCCGCAUCGUCGGUGGCUACGAGACCAGCAUCGAGGAUCACCCUUACCAGGUGUCCCUGCAGCGCAACGGAGCUCACUUCUGCGGCGGCUCCAUCUACUCCCAUGACAUUGUCAUCACUGCUGCCCACUGCAUGCAGUCGGUGGAGGCCAAGGACUUGAAGGUCCGUGUCGGCAGCACCUACUGGCGUUCUGGUGGCAGCUUGCACUCUGUUCGCUCCUUCCGCAACCACGAGGGCUACAACUCCCGCACCAUGGUCAAUGACAUCUCCAUUGUCCGUAUCGAAUCCGACUUCAGCUUCCGCAGCAGUAUCCGCGAGAUCCGUCUGGCCGAUUCCAACCCCCGCGAGGGCGCUACCGCCGUGGUUUCCGGCUGGGGCACCACUGAGUCCGGCGGCAGCACCAUCCCCGAUCAUCUCCUGGCCGUCAACCUGAAGAUUGUCGAUCGUGAGCGUUGCGCCUCCAAGGAGUUCGGCUACGGUAGCAGGAAGAUUAAGGACACCAUGAUUUGCGCCUACGCCGAGCACAAGGAUGCCUGCCAGGGUGAUUCCGGUGGUCCUCUGGUAUCUGGAGAUCGUCUCGUCGGUGUGGUUUCUUGGGGCUACGGAUGCGGUGACGUCAGGUACCCUGGAGUCUACGCCGAUGUUGCUCACUUCCACGAGUGGAUCGAAGAGACCGCCCGCGAGGUGUAAUCCCUGGACACGAAAACACUUGAAAGUACUUCAAUAAACUUCUCUGAAUCAGCA